AGGCCGUAAUGUCGGGCAUCUUGCUUAGUAAAAGCCAAAACUCCAUUGCUCCCCCUGCACCCAUUCGUUCGCGUCUUUUUAACCAAUUGCCAAACGGGCACUAAGCACAAACGUAAUACACAUACGUAUAUACGUAUGUACAUACAUCACACAUGUAGACACGUGCACAUUUGCAUACAUACAUAUAAAAAUGAGCAGUUCCGAGGAGGUAUCUUGGAUAUCGUGGUUUUGUGGCCUCAGAGGAAAUGAGUUUUUCUGUGAGGUCGAUGAAGAUUACAUUCAGGAUAAAUUUAAUUUAACAGGAUUGAACGAACAAGUGCCACAUUACAGACAAGCACUAGAUAUGAUAUUAGAUCUCGAGCCUCUAGAUGACGAUUUAGAUGACAAUCCAAACCAGUCAGAUCUGAUUGAACAAGCUGCGGAAAUGCUUUAUGGUCUCAUUCAUGCACGUUAUAUUCUCACAAAUCGAGGAAUUGCUCAAAUGAUUGAAAAAUAUCAAGCGGGUGAUUUUGGCCAUUGUCCGCGUGUAUAUUGCGAGUCCCAACCAAUGUUACCUCUGGGUCUUAGUGAUGUUCCUGGUGAAGCUAUGGUCAAAAGUUAUUGCCCUAAAUGUAUGGAUGUCUAUACACCUAAAAGUUCUAGGCAUCAUCAUACCGAUGGUGCAUAUUUUGGUACAGGAUUUCCACACAUGCUUUUUAUGGUUCACCCAGAGUACAGACCAAAACGCGCAGCAAAUCAAUUUGUACCUAGGUUAUAUGGCUUUAAAAUUCAUCCAUUGGCAUAUCAAAUGCAGCAACAAUCUGCAUCGACCUUCAAAGCACCAUUACGAGCUCUUAAUUACAAUAAUGGGAAACGCUAAGAGCACUUUGACAUACUUUAGACCAUUUUUCAUUACUCAUAAUGCAAUUCCUAAUUUCGUCCCUGCGAUUUAAAUAAAAUAUUAUUUUUUAUAUCUCUCUUCAUACGUCUAUGCAAAAUGCUAUGAUGCAGGCUGUUUCUUAAUCUUUCGAACCAUAGAAUACAGAAACCUCCCAAAGCUUUCCGAGUCUACCUAUAAAGAAGUGUUUACGCACUGCAACGGGGGCAGGGGAGAGAGAGAGAGAGAGAGAGAGAAAGAGAGGGAGAGAAUGAGAAUAACAGAGUGAAAGAAAGAAAGAGAGAAUGAGACAAUAGAGCGAUCUGUCAAUCUAUCAAUCUUGCGACACGAUGGGAGGAUCUUGGCAUUUUUUUUCAAUUUAAGUGACAGUUUAAGUUUACAUGAAAAUCAUAUUUAUAUGCGAGAAAAGGGAUAAAACAUACUUAGGAUAAUUGCUAGAUUAUAAGAAAGAAGAUAAGAAAUAUGGAUAGGAUGUAAUUGUCCGUAUGAGUCCCAUUGUGUACUAUGACUGCUGCCAAGUAGUUCCUAUGUAUGACCUUAUAAAGGUCGAUCAUUACUUGAGGAGCAUUGUUGGCAUCAAUAUCACAUCGAGUAAAUGCAUAAAAGAAUUAUUUGUUAGUCAUACUUUCAUUUAAUUUUCGAAUAAAUAAAACAAUGAAAUAUAA